GGGCUGAUGACGUACAGCAAGAGGUGUCUAAGCCGACUGCUCUCAUACAAUGAGACCGUUCAGAUGACCGUCUCGGUCUUAUGGAAGCGUCCACAUUUUUCAGGAAUACUCAAUUAAAUUACUUGCAAAAAUAUUGUUAAUGUACCCACGAAUUAUAGUGCAUAACAAACGGUUAUUUGAAAUAAUACAUAUUCUGUGAUAUCUAUUCGUGUUGGUUACCUACCUUCUGCAAAGCAAAAGCCAUCUAUCUGUUCAUUGACUAUCCGUACAGUACUUACUGCAAAAUAAAGCUGUCGUAGGCAUAUUCCAGUAUAUUACAUUCAUUCACUCACUCCAAGUUUCACAUCUGCUACGUAUUUUUGGACUGUUUGAACUGCAGUGAACAUGGAGGAAGACAGUCAAGUUCCCGAGGACCUGUCGCUAGAUGAAAGGGAUGAACUGUCUAACAUACGGCGCAGGAAAAAAGAGCUGUUGGAUGAUAUUGAGAGGUUGAAGUUUGAGAUCGCUGAAGUAAUGACGGAAAUUGAACAGUUGACAUGUGUGGGGGAGAGCAAAACAUCACAGAGAAACAAACAGAUUGCCAUGGGCAGGAAAAAAUUUAAUAUGGAUCCUAAAAAAGGAAUUCAGUUUCUCCUGGAAAAUGACCUGCUGCAGAACACUCCUGAAGACAUUGCACAGUUUCUGUACAAAGGAGAGGGCUUAAACAAAACUGUUAUCGGGGAUUACUUAGGGGAGCGGGAUGAUUUUAACAUCAAGGUCCUCCAGGCAUUUGUAGAGCUUCAUGAGUUUGCAGAUCUUAACCUUGUACAGGCUUUGAGACAGUUUCUGUGGAGCUUCAGACUCCCAGGAGAAGCCCAGAAAAUUGAUCGGAUGAUGGAGGCCUUUGCGUCACGCUACUGCCAGUGUAACCCAGGAGUCUUCCAAUCUACAGAUACAUGCUAUGUGCUCUCCUUUGCCAUCAUCAUGCUGAACACCAGUCUGCAUAACCCCAACGUUCGGGACAAGCCAGCGGUGGAGAGGUUCAUCUCCAUGAACCGUGGGAUCAAUGAAGGAGGAGACCUGCCAGAGGAGCUUCUGAGAAAUUUAUAUGAAAGUAUUAAGAACGAACCAUUCAAAAUCCCAGAAGACGAUGGAAACGACCUGACGCAUACAUUCUUCAACCCGGACAGGGAAGGGUGGCUGUUGAAGUUAGGAGGAAGAGUGAAAACCUGGAAACGGAGGUGGUUUAUUUUGACUGACAACUGCCUGUAUUACUUUGAGUAUACAACAGACAAGGAGCCCCGUGGGAUCAUUCCUCUGGAGAACCUGAGCAUCAGAGAGGUCGAGGAACCCAGGAAGCCUAACUGUUUUGAGCUGUAUAACCCCAAUCACAAAGGCCAGGUGAUCAAGGCUUGCAAGACAGAGGCUGACGGCAGGGUGGUGGAGGGGAACCACGUGGUCUACAGGAUAUCUGCCCCCACGCCUGAGGAGAAGGAAGAGUGGAUCAAGUCAAUAAAAGCGAGCAUCAGCAGAGAUCCUUUCUACGACAUGUUGGCCACCAGGAAACGGCGGAUUGCCAAUAAGAAGUGAGAGCCAACUGCUCCUGGCCCCUGCCUCAGUGUCCACAGGACAGGCUGUGUUCUCAAUGGGAUUUUAAACACUAGACACUCGGGACCUGGCACUGGAGCAGGGCCCAGAGACUGGGAUACAGGACCAGACAGAAAAGCUAAACAAGAGACUCUGAGACAACAGUGUGAGAGCAACCCUGUCAACCACAACCAUUUCUCCUUUAGUUAUUCUUCAGCAUUGUAAUCCCUCCCCUCAAGUGUGUUUGCCUGUUGUUUCAGUGACCUUCGUAGCACAACUGCCAUUUUUUAAAUAUGCAUGGAUGUAUGUACACAAAGGCAAAGGACUAAAUGUGGCAAGGACAAUCAGUUUUCUCAUAAAAGGUCAGUAUGACUUCUGUAGGAAACACGGGCAUUUCUGGAGGCACUGAAGUGACCUUACGUGGACAUUGUGAAGGACAGAGACCACAGACGAGAGGGACCAACAGCUCCAGCGGUGGUGCAUAUUCGCCAGCCUGAGAUGGUAAAUGGGAGGCAUUUAUAUAGCGCCUUUAUCCAAAGCGCUGUACAAUUGAUGCUUCUCCAUUCACCCAUUCAUACACACACUCACACACCGACGGCGAUUGGCUGCCAUGCAAGGCCCCGACCAGCUCGUCAGGAGCAUUUGGGGGUUAGGUGUCUUGCUCAGGGACACAUCGACACAGCCCGGGCGGGGGAUCAAACCGGCAACCCUCCGACUGCCAGACGACUGCUCUUCCUGCCUGAGCCAUGUCACCUCCAUAGCAGAGACCCAACAAAGGGUCUCCACUUUGAGCCCAGAGGUCAAAGGAUGCUCCCUCUUUAAUCCUUUGGAUACCUCUUUCUCUCGCAAACUCAAUCUUCAUUUUGGGUUGCAACUGAAGGAACUGGGAAUGAUUACAAGUCAGCUGGGCUGAUUACUUGCAUUGUACUUGCAAAAAUAAUAUUUAUAGCCCUUUAAGUGAGCAAACAGCACCCGGUGGUCAGUUUAUACAUUCCUUUUAGAAGUCCUAUAUAAACAGUAGCACAGGCAGGGGUAUCUAUAUCAAAGCAAUACACUGUCUGUGCUCUUAUUUUUGUAAAAGGUCAGAGUGUGCUUGCUUACAAUUUGUGCAUUGAAGAUCCACUCCUAUUAUUUGCCUUUAUAUUUAUUUUUGUUCUUAAUUUCUUUAAAAAUUGUAAUUUUUUAAGUUAUGUGUAAAUAAUGUAAAGCUUGUGUUUGCUUUCCGCGUUUUUGUUUGUGUCGUUGUUUGUGAAACGUAACGGUUGCAGCUGGCGUUGAUGUUAAAUGCAUUAUGGCAUUAACAAAAACAGAGCUAGGUAGGUAUGGCCUGAGGCAGCAUUCAGGGCUUGUAGCAUGGUGACAGAAUGAAGAUCGAUGAAGCUGAAGCCAGCAGUGUUUGGCAUGGAAAUGGAGGCCCAGAGCCAGGGAAGUCUUUUGGUUAAAAUGCCCUGCGGAAAGGUAACCCUUCUGAUAUCAUAACCACGGGCUGUGUACAUACACACAUGCAUAUGGCAUUUGCUCUUGAGUACUACAUGAAGAAUUAAAUGUUUAGGACCUUCCUGUGCGUGUUUUAAAAAAGAAAAAAAUCACUUACAAAUAAAUUCAAAACCAGUGACUA